AUGGGCAAUCUCAACCCUUCAUCUCUCCUCCUGGCCCUAGUUGCCACCGUCGCGGCUCACGGCCACGUGGAUUGGCUUGUCGCUGACGGUGUUGCCUACCGCGGCUGGGACUCUCCCGCCUUCACUUAUUCUCCCCCUACGGGACCUGUUGUUGGCUGGAAGAUCGACGCCCCUGACAACGGCUUCGUUGAGCCCGUUAACUUCGGUACCAACGACAUCAUCUGCCACAAAAACGGCAGCCCCGCCGGCGGCCAUGCCACCGUCCCUGCAGGAGCCAAAAUCCAGCUCAUCUGGAAUACUUGGCCCGACUCGCACAAGGGCCCUGUCAUCGACUACCUCGCUAAGUGCAGCGGCGACUGCGAAACCGUUGACAAGACCUCCCUGAACUUUUUCAAAAUUGACGCCGGCGGUGUCGUGGACAUGUCGCUCCAGAACGGCAAGUGGGCCGAUGAUGUGCUCAUCGCGAACAGCUUCACCUGGACGGUUCAGAUCCCGCCCACUCUUGCCCCUGGUAACUACGUCCUCCGCCAUGAGAUCAUUGCGCUGCACUCAGGAGGUAACCCCAACGGUGCUCAAGCUUACCCUCAGUGUUUCAACCUGCAAGUCACUGGAGGAGGCUCCCUUGCUCCUGCCGGAGUCAAGGGCACUGCGCUGUACAAGUCAAACGACCCCGGCAUCCUCUUCAACAUCUACACCAGUCCCAUUGUGUACCCGAUGCCGGGCCCAACACUGGUUUCGGGUCUCCCGUCGACCGUCGCUCAAAGCGUUGCCAAACCGACCGCGACAUCGAGUGCGACGCCUGCCGGAGGCAAUGGCGGGAACGGAGGAAGUAGUCCUACCACAACGCUGCGAACUACUACUGCUCCAGCGCCGGUGACUACCACCAGACCUGGAACAACGACGACAACGGCCGCAAGCGGCGGCGGCGGCGCAACAGUGCCCAAGUACGGCCAGUGUGGUGGCCAGGGUUGGACAGGCUCAACGACUUGUGUCGCAGGAUCCACGUGCCAAGCUCUGAACGAAUUCUACUCCCAGUGCGUCUAG